AUGGAAGGACUCGCCGUGGGUAGCAUCCCCCGUGUACUUCUUGCUCGUAUACUUUUACAGCUGUAUGUGAUUCCACAACAUUACCUCGACAACCCUGGCGAUUCCCUUAUUCGGAUCCUUGUCGCUGGUCUACAACAAUAUGGCGAGACAUCGGAUUUGGACGGCUUACUUCGGUUCUGCUUACAUCAAGCACAAUCUCUCAACAACACACCCGCAGCGUCUACAAACGAAUCGAGCACAUCGUCAGGUCCAACACUCGCUCAAUUAGACUCGUGGUGGUGGAAAGAUCUCUCAGUGGGUUCUCUUGAAGACUGGGAUCGUCUUGAUCUCGCGUAUCCAGUGGAUAAGAGUGAGCCUGUCAACUUGCAUAUACAAGUGCUAACAGAAGAGGCAAGACGCGGUGCAGUGCAGAUCAAGUACGCCAAAGAUGUGGCAUCAUUACAGGACAAGCGAUUAUUUUAUUAUCAUGAGAAAGCUCCCAUCCCUAUCGAUUCAAUUUUAUGCGGCACAAUGAAAUACCUUGAAGGACGACAUCCAGGACCAGAAUCAUCUUCAGCCUCCUCAUCCCAAGUAGCAGGCCUUGGUCAACUUGUUGAAAAACGAUUGGAGCAAUUUGCACGAGAUCGAUUCAAACAAAAGCAGCAUUUGGAACAACAUCGACGUGUGGCAGCUGACUACAGUUUGAUGGGUGCACUGAUGCGACGAUACGAUGAUAGUAUGCAAGCUGUGCAUGGUGGUGAGCAAUGGUGUCUUUAUAUCCGUGACUACAUUUACAAUGAUGCUGGCACCGUAUGGCGUGUCAUCUCUGAAGCCAAAGCCAAUGACGACUCAAAGCCGGCAGAGACAAGGAUACAUUCUUCACAGGCAUUAGCUGAUAUUCGUGGAGUGACAACACCAACCGAUGAUGGAUCAGGCGUACUAGAACCAAGCGAUCAAUCUCGUGUAUACCGACCUGUAUACCUUUUCUAUUCCAACCGAGAACUCGUCGAUCAAUCAUUGCAUGGCACAAUGGUUGCUGCUGCUGCUGCUACUACUGAGAAUCCACCAACCGAACAAGAAGGUGGCGUGAUUACCAUGGAAGAUUACUUGCUGGAUGAGGAUGUUGAAUACGACGAUGAAAUGGAUGUGGAUGACACAGUGUGCAAAGUGUGCCAAAUACCGGAUAUCAUUGACAACAUUAACAACAUGUUCUAUUGCGACAAUUGCAAUCUCGGCAUUCAUCAAUUAUGUGCGGAGCCACCUAUUGCCAAUUACGAGGUUGAUAUCGAUCCAUGGUAUUGUAGAGAAUGUUGUAGAGACAAAGGAUUACCCAUUCCACCACAACCAUCAUCUGCCACCUUUCAAGAUCAAUUGGGCAUGAAGCGGAAGCGCGAAGAAGAUAAUGACACAACAUGA